AUGGUCGAGCAGAAGGAGGAAGCGCUGGCCAACGGUGACCUGAACAGGACGAGCAGCGACGAACUGAUCCUGAUGCGUCGCCAGCGUCGCAAUGCCGUUCACUUUGCCAGCAUCGAGGAGUUCCUCUCCACGCCCUCAGACCCUCAGCGUGCCAGACAGGAGCAGGAGGCGAGCACUGGGAUGCCCGGCUUGAUGCCGCUGCAGCGCUCCGAGGCCGUGCCGAUACCCAGCCGAGGCAGACUGGCCACCCCACCGCCUGAGGAGCUGCUGGACGAGUCGAAGCCGAUCGGAGGUGAGCUGAUUGGGGGCAGGCAGCUGGAGCCGGAGUUGAUGGCAAUCGCCGAGAGCUUUGAUCCGAUGAGCCAAGAUGAUAGCUUCUCGCCUGACGUCUCCUCGCCUGACGUCUCCACUCGCAGGUCCCCAUCGUCCACCGUGUCCCCAUCGCCUCCAUCGCCUCCACCGCUGAAGCCCAAGGUCAAGGGUGCAGGCAGAGGAAAGAGCUACGACCCGGUCUUCCCAUACCCCGAUAAUAUUGCCCUAUAUCCGCUGCAACGUUUUUACUAUAUCUUCAGUCUGGUGGACACCAUGAAGUUGCAGCAGGAGGAUCAGAAGCGCAAAAAGUCCGGGGAGCUGCCGAAAAAGACCGCCACUGGAGCUGUGCCCAAGACCAAGAACAAUCCGAAGGAAAAGGAAAAUGAAAAGGAGAAUCUAGAUUGGAAUCUCAAAAAGAAAACCAAACCGAGCAACAUGACUCCCAGUAGCCCGGGAAAACAACUUCAAAUGAAUCCCAGCAGCCAGGCAAAGCCCAAAAAGCAUUACAUCAUGAAUAUGCAGGAGAAACCCAUCAACCUUUCAACGAAAACUCAUUUUCAGCAGAUGCUGGAGAACAAUUCGAAGCAGCCGAUUGUGAAGCGUCGACAGGACCUGGAAACCGAACCGCUCCUCGACUUUGACACUGAGUGCGAGUUCGGUAUGGAGUACCUCGAGCUGCACCGGGCCAAGGCCUCGCGUCGUGACCACGGUGGCAAUCGCAAGAACCGCCAAAAUGCUGGCGGCCCAGCAUUCGAUAGUGGCGAAGAAUACAGCUCUUCCAGCUCCAUCGAGGAGCAAACUUCCAAGAAGAAUCUCUUCAAGAAGCCAAAAAGCAAGAGAAACUCCAUUGUUGUGACUGCCACUAUUCACUCGGAGCCACGCAACUCUGACGACGAAAAUCAGGAGAAGGGUGACGCUGGAAAGUCGAGUGGAUCCUCCGCUGGCAAAGAAGCCGGCGAGGAUGUACUAGUGCCUCCCCCACAGGCGUUUCCUUACGACUUGAGGAGCAAUCGCAACCGUCGGGCUGCCUUGACUCCACCAUCUUCGGAUGAAUCGAACCAGGCUUCAUCGAAGCCGAAGCCCUAAUCUUCAUUGGCAUCCGGCUCUGCCUCUAGAUCAGCCAGGGGCAUGCAGUUGCCAAGCAAUGCCCACGUGGCCUGUUAGUGUUGUGCCAAAUAGUCUCCAAAUAGUUCCCCGAAUCAGUGUCGUCACUCUCUAUCUUUGACGAGCAAACACAGAAUACAUCUGCCUCCCGCUAGGAACUUCCUCGAGCGCAGCAAUUAAAAUAUCCGAAAUAUCUAUCAAUCAAU